CAUACUUGGCGCCAAGCAAGCUUGCAAAAGGAGGGAUUGUGAUCUAAAUCUGGCCGUAAUUAAAAACUGGAUUUAUUUUGUUUAUGAUGGACAUCCGGAAAUUUUUUGCACCUUGUAAACCGGCAGCACAGAAACCUCCCCAGAAUGGCACUUUCAAUGACGAGGAUGACUUCAAGACCGCGAAGAAGAAGACUAGGUCCAAGGGUAAAAGCCCAAAGUCUGAGGAGAAGCCAUCAGCCAAGCGAAAGAAACGUGCUGUCAUAGACUCAGAUUCAGAGGAUGAAGAGACUGACAGGAAGCCCAAGAAGGCCCCCAAAGAGCCUGAGAAGUCCCACAAACCCGCACCCCCCGUAAAGAAUGAGCCAGUCCAUUACAUCUCUGAGACAGAUUCCGACAGCGACACCUUUGUGUCCCUGAAGAAACCCUCUAAACCUAAAGAGAAUGGGCUGUUUGCGUCAAAGGGGGCUGGAUCGAGCAAGGAGAAGUCCUCUGCUGUUAAGUCCCCCCCAAAGCCUCAGGCUGCCCCAGGAAAGGGUGUGGUCAAGUCCCCCGUCUCGCCCACCACCCCUAAAGCUGCGCCGGCCCCGCCCCAGCCCAAGCAAACGCCCACCUCGGUGCUGGACUACUUUGGCAGCAGCAGCGUCCAGAGGUCGGACAAGAAGCUGGUGGCCAGCACCAAGAGGAAAACGGUUACGCAGGACCAUGACGAUUCCCUGAGUGACGAGGCCAUCGCCAUGCAGCUGCAGAUGGAUGAGGACAUGGAGCUGGAGAGGCAGUUGCAUGAGGAUGAAGAGUUUGCUCGAACCCUGGCCAUGCUGGACCAGGCCCCACAGGCCAAAAAGGCACGGAGGGACUCAGGAGAGAGGCACAGCUCUACGACCUCCCCCUCCAAGAGCAGCACGGUCCCGGCCCAGACCCAGAGGAGUGGCCUCUCGCACACAUCCCCCGUUUCUCAGGCACGGUCCAAUGGGAAGAGCUCACACAGCCGGGAGGACCAGGGUCCGUCCCCGAAGAAGAAGCCCUCACCUGUGAAGACCAGCUCUAAACUGGCCAUGAUGAAGAAGAGGGACGAGGAAGAGAGUGCCGGAAAGAAGAGGGAGACGCCCGCACAGCCCCUCUCCCAGAAGUCCAAAAUGGUCAUCUCACCCAAAAAGGAGACCUCGUCCACCUCUGUCACAGAGAGGCCGGGUGCCAAAACGGGAAAACCCCUGGCUGCACCCAAAAGCGAGACGGUGACCACACCCAAGGCUGAGAAAAUCUCUCCAAAGAAAGCAGAGAGCAGCAGCCCAGAGGACUCGGAGAAGAAGCGUGGAAACUCUCAGGCAUAUCGCAGCUACCUGAACAGGGAGGGCCCUCGAGCGCUGGGGUCCAAAGAAAUCCCUCAGGGUGCAGAGAACUGCCUGGAGGGCCUGACCUUCGUCAUCACGGGCGUCCUGGAGUCCAUGGAGAGGGACGACGCCAAGUCCCUUAUCGAGCGUUACGGGGGCAAGGUGACGGGCAACGUCAGCCGCAAAACCAGCUACCUGGUGCUGGGCCGGGACAGCGGGGCCUCCAAGACCGAGAAGGCUCAUGGAUUUGGCACCAAAAUCAUUGAUGAAGACGGGUUGCUGGAUCUCAUACGGACCAAACCAGGCAAGAAGUCCAAGUACGAGAUUGCUGCGGAGGCAGAGAACAAAAGCUCAAAGACCCCUGAGCAACAGCGUUCCAAGAACAGGCGCACCCCUCAGAAGUCCACUCCCAAAAAGCAAACCCCUUCCAAGAAAACCACACCCUCUUCAAAGGGGAAGAAGAGGACUCCCACUACGGCCACGCCCCCUGGGAGGCUGUCUCAGAGGGGCGGGAGGAGCGAGGGCAGGGAGGCCAGGAAGGAGUUGUCCUUCGGGGGGAGGGAUACCGAAGCCGCCGCCUCCUCCUCCUCUUCCUCACUGCCGUCACAGUCUUCCUCGGUGAGCGGCGGUGAAGAGGCCAGCCUGCUGUGGGUGGACAAGUACCGGCCUCGAACCCUGAAGGGACUCAUCGGCCAGCAGGGGGACCAGAGCUGCUCCAACAAGCUCCUCCGCUGGCUGCAGAACUGGCACCGGAACCACGCCGGCGACAAAAAGCCUGCCGCUCCGAGGUUUGGGAAGUUCGGAGGGAAGGACGACGGCUCUGGGUUCAAGGCGGCGCUGUUGUCGGGACCCCCUGGUGUGGGCAAGACCACCACUGCUGCAUUAGUCUGUGAGGAGUUGGGCUACAGCUAUGUGGAAAUGAAUGCUAGCUGCACUCGGAGUAAGAACAGUUUGAAGGAGGUGAUCGCAGAGUCUCUGAACAACACCAGCAUCAAGAACUUCUACACAGGCGCUUCACAGACUGUCAGCAGCAAGCACGUGCUCAUUAUGGAUGAGGUGGAUGGUAUGGCUGGCAACGAAGACAGGGGCGGGAUCCAGGAAAUGAUUGGCUUGAUCAAGCAGUCAAAGAUCCCCAUCAUCUGCAUGUGCAACGACCGCAACCACCAGAAGAUCCGCUCCCUCGCCAAUUACUGCUUCGACCUGCGCUUCCAGCGACCGCGUGUCGAGCAGAUCAAGGGCGCUAUGAUGUCCAUUGCUUUCAAGGAGGGCGUGAAGAUUCCGCCUCCCGCACUCAACGAAAUUAUCCUGGCGUCUAAUCAGGACAUCAGACAGGUGCUGCACAACCUCAGCAUGUGGUCAGCCAAGGACAAGGUCAUCACCUACGACCAGGCCAAAGCGGACGCCAACAACGCCAGAAAGGACAUGAAACUGGGCCCCUUCGAUGUCUGCCGCAAGGUGUUCGCCAUCGGGGAGGAGGCCGCGCACAUGUCCCUGAUCGACAAGUCCGACCUGUUCUUCCACGACUACUCGCUAGCGCCCCUCUUUGUCCAGGAGAACUACCUGCACGUGCGCCCGGCCGCGGCAAAUGGCAACCCGAAGAACCACCUGGUGCUGCUGAGUAAGACUGCAGACAGCAUCUGCGACGGAGACCUGGUGGACAGGAAGAUCCGCUCCCAGCAGACCUGGUCACUGCUGCCCACGCAGGCGAUCUACGCCAGCGUGCUGCCAGGAGAGCUGAUGAGGGGCUAUAUGAGUCAGUUCCCCACCUUCCCCAGCUGGCUGGGCAAGUUCUCCUCCACAGGCAAACACAACCGCAUCGUCCAGGAGCUGGCGUCUCACAUGAGCCUGCGGACGCACAGCAGUAAGGACGCAGUGAACCUGGACUACCUGCCCUACCUGCGCUCCGCCCUGCUGGAGCCCCUGGAGAAGCGGGGGGCGGACGGGGCGCCCCAGGCCGUGCAGCUCAUGGAUGACUACAACCUCAUCCGGGAGGACGUGGACAACAUCAUGGAGAUCAGCACCUGGGCGGGGCGGCCCGAGCCCUACUCCAAACUGGACCCCAAGGUGAAAGCGGCCUUCACGCGGGCCUACAACAAGGAGUCGCACCUGACCCCCUACUCCCUGCAGACGGUGAAGAAAGGCAGGCGGGGCACUGUCGAACCCGAACUGGGAGGGGAGGGGCUGGAGCAUGACACCCAGGAGCUGGAGGAGGAGGAAGAGGAGGGCGGAGUCACCUCCGAUGCCAUGAUCAAGCAGAAGAAGGCAAAAACAACCAAGGAAAGCAAGCAGGAGAAAGCAACGGAUUCUGGCAAAGGCAAAGGGAAGGGGAAGGGGAAAGGAAAAGGCAAGAAGUGAUUGACAGGCACUUUGGCCAAUCCCUAACGCUGCUCAGGUGUGUACUCUGAACACUGGGACCACAACAGCACAGCUGUGAAAAAGACUGGGCCCCGCCCCCCUCCCCACUACCCCAACUCCUCUCUUCCUCUGUCUUGUAAGGCGUAACCUGUUCC